AUGUCGUCCACCGCUAUAAAAGAAACUGAAAAGAUGAUAACAACGAUGACCAAAACAAUAUCAGAGAAAGAUUUAAGCACAAUGCUUUCGCAGCCUGAUCUUUUUACAUCAACGAGAACAAAGAAGUCAACAACGAGCAUUAGAUCUUUGCGACGAAUGAGCUCAAGAAUGAAAGUAGCGCCCAAGCAGACCAUGAGUCUCCAAUUCUACCCGAGUCAGCCUGGCGAAGACACAAUAAAUGCAAUCGCCGAUUUAACGAGCAGCGCCGUACCCGAGCUAACUGAAUCUCAAUUAGAGGAACUUCACGAGUGCAAUCAAUCUACAAUCGAAGAUGAGAAAAAAAUUUCAUGCUGUUGCUUUCUCUAA